ACAUCGAGUUUUUUCGCCGCAUAGCCGAAACCCAUCUGCCGACGCUUGCACUCUCCAUAACAAGUUUCAUCAUCAUGCUGCUCAUCAAGAUACUGGCCGACCCAUUCCUGCUCAAGAAGAUUGGCAUCCCCUUCCCCAUCGAAAUGGUCGUCGUCAUCUUUGGCACACUGCUGUCGCAUCAUAUAAACCUGGAAGGUUACAACAUGAGCGUCAUCGAGCACAUCGAGCAUCAAAUGCCACGACCGCACUCGCCGGUGUUCUCGGCGCAGCUCCUGUCGAGUUUGGCGGCGCCGGCGCUUGCCGUGUCGGUGGUCAGCUACGCCAUCACCAUCUCUCUGGGUCGCAUCUUCGCCAGAAAGCACAAGUACGCCAUCGACCCUAACCAGGAGUUCAUUGCUUUGGGCGCGUGCAACGUUUUCGGCGCCUUCUUUGCUUGUUUUCCAGUAGGGGCGUCGGUACCACGAAGUUCCAUUCAAGAAGGCGCAGGGGGCAAGACGCAGGUCGUCAGCUUCGUCAACUCUAUCAUAAUUUUCAUCGUCAUCAUCUGGCUCAGCCCUUACUUCGAGAAACUUCCCGUGGCGAUACUCUGCACAAUCAUAUUCGUCUCGCUGAAGAAGGUGUUUCUGCAAGUGAAGGACUUCCAGCGCUUCUGGAGGAUAUCGAAGAUCGAUGGUAACAUUUGGAUGGUAUCCUUCCUGGCCACUGUCAUAGUGGAUGUACAGUUUGGUCUCGUCAUCGGGAUUAUAUUCUCACUGUUCACUCUAGUCUACCAGAUUAAGAGGCCAAAGGCAUGCCUCCUCGGCAGUAUCCCAAACACAGACUUCUACGUUCCAUUGAAGGACUACGGAGUUGCAGCUGAGAUUCCUGGCGUGAAAGUUUUUCACUUUGGAGGACCAAUUCAUUUCGCAAAUUCCGACUACUUUCGGUCCGAAGUGUCCAAGAAACUCCGGAUUGAAGUCAACUUACCGGACAAGCCCACUUGGAAAACUCCUAAGAAACCCAUCAUUCCCAGAAGUGCAAAGGCCAGAAACGUGAUUAAGAUCCGCGAACCGUCCUGCAGCUUCUCGUCCAACAUUCCGGGCAUCCCGCCGUACGAACCUAGGGCCGCCGAGUCGGUGUAUGUCAGCACCGAGCCCGUAGCAGGAGUCGGGGGCCGCCCUUCUUACGUCAUCUUCGACUUCUCUCGAGUCAGCUUCGUGGACGGCACCAGCAUAAACACCAUGAUGGAGGUAUUCAAGGAGUACAGAACAGUAGGCGUUUCCAUCUACAUGGCUGCAUGUUCAGUGCCCGUGUUCCGAAUGCUCAAAAAGGGUGGCGUCCUAGACGUCCUGCCGUCGGCCAAGUUCUUCCCCAGCGUGCACGACGCUGUCCUGCACACGCGGCAGGAUAAAAAGGUUUCGAGCUUUACCUAUGUCCUUCACAAGACGAACGGCAAGUGCGCGACUACCAUACACGCGAAUUUCCCAGUGGUCUUGACGGGUGGCCCCUAAAGAAGCUUAACACCUCUUGAGCAAAAGAGAAAGAGAGAGAGGCACCGUGGUACGAGUCGAACAUAGCCCUAUGUAGCGAUGCGUCCGCAUUGAAUAUGUGGUAUUCUUUUUGUGGACUAACGGAGUUAAAGGGACCAUAAAGUGAGUCAAUGAACUAGUUUAGUUUGAUAUAGCCUUCUUUAGGAACUCAGAUGUAGUUAUUCUAACCACCGUAAGUUCAUUGCUAGAAUAAAACCAAGGCCAAAGUACAAUUUAUAUGUUAUGCGCCAAAAUCCACGCACUUGACGAAUUUCAAUGUGCAUUUGUGAUGCUUUUGUCAUGCUUUGCCGACAUUGGGUCGGCGAAAUUUCACGAAACAUUGUUUGUUAAAAAUUUAAUUAUAGAAGUUUUAUGCAUGCUAUAGGUUCGCCAUUUUGUCUAAAUAUGGCUCCAAAAUUGUUCUUUUAAAUUCAACUACUUUCCGAAAAUAAAAAAA